AUGACACCUGGAUUGCGGCUGUACUACAGAUUGAUGGAUCAUGACGUUGAAUGGUGUUGCUGCACAGCUCCUCUGUGGGGAGGUAUUUGGUUGAGGCUCACACAGCGGCAAACGACCGACAAUCCAACACAACUAUGUGAAAGUUGGGGAGUUAUCAAACCACCUGGCCCGAGCUUCAACAAAACCGGAUGUACGACGCACCAAUGCGCAAAACGUAAAUUAGAAUCGGAACAUCAAAGAGAGAACUACCAAACUCAAUUAUUGAAAAUUUGA